UUGGGUGAUCUUUAUAGGUCUUGGAUGGUCUUUAUAGGGUCUUGGUGAGGUCGUGGAUGGUCUUUAUAGGGUCGUGGGGAGGUCUUGGGUGGUCUUCAUAGGGUAUUUUCAGGUUUCCUGGAUGUCCCAGUGUUUAUGCGUCACGGACGCAGACAGUCUCUGCUAUUAUCUUCACUAAGAUGAAGGAGAGGAGCGUUGCUAAAAGACAGAAAGCAGGACUUCAGGUAUGAACCUGGUCCUUCAGCUGUCCUGGUUAUCAAUAAUUAAAGACAAACCUUUUUCUGUUAGGGUUAGACUGGACUGAACCAAGCAGACUGUCAAAGAUUAAAGGAGAGAAAACAAAGGUUGAUUUUAGAUGUUUGUUUUUUUACUAUCGCCUGUUUAAAUGAGGUCAGGCUUAUUCUCAGUGGUAGAGGUCCAGUCUACAUGGCUGUGACGGUCAUUCCUGCCGUUUACUGCAGACUGGACAUCAACAGCUCAGCACUGGAAAACAGAAUCAAAGUGUUUUUAUGUUUAAUGAAGUCUUAAAGUUGUUCUCCUAAUAUUCUCUUUUCCUCCUUUUCCUCUGCAGCUCUUCCUUCUCUCAUCCUCACUCACCUUGUCUUUCUAACAUCCAUCCUUCCUCAGCAGGCCGACGCGUCGCCACAGACUUUCAUGGUUUUGUGGCUGUUGGUCUGAUUUGGAGUUGAAUGUUUCCUGUCUUUUCCCUUCACCCCCCCGUCCCUUCAUCUUGCUAUUCAAAAUGAAAGCCCCCCCGCUCGAGGUGAAAGUAGAGCGUAGACCUCUUUGGUUGAGAGCGAUGCUGAGGCCUCAGGGGAAACUGCAAGGUGCAGUUUGAGACAAACUUUUGGAGCUACAGCGACUCUGUGCCAUGCAGCCUGCGUGGAGGUGGACUCUGACACGGAGGCCGUGGCUAACGAGGGCUUCAGGCUGGGAUGCAUUUCCUGCAAGAUGAGAGGCGAAGUUCCCGCCAUCGCCGUCGUUAACUGGUUCUUCAAGGGUUCAGAGGACAAAGAUUUCAAUCCUUUGUACACGUAUGAGAACAAGCAGGGCGAGGUCCUGGACCCUCGCUUCUAUGAGCGUCUGGACUGGAGCGGCAGCAAGCACACCCUGGACCUGCAGGACGGCUCCAUCUACAUCCUCAAUGUCACCUUCAACGACACGGGGACCUACCGCUGCACCUUCGAGCGCAAGCUCCUGUACUCCAACUACGAGUUUGAAGUCAACACCACCAGGGUGAUCCACCUCAACGUGGUUCCCAAACUCACCAGAGGAAUGGCGUCCAUCCUGUCUGAGGUGAUGAUGUACGUCUCCAUCAUCGGGCUGCAGUUCUGGCUGGUCGUUGAGAUGAUUUACUGCUACAGGAAGAUCUCAGCGGCCGGAGAAGAAGCUCUGAGGGAGAGCGAGGCCGAGUAUUUAGCCAUCGCUUCAGAGAGCAAAGACAACUGUGCAGGAGUCCAGGAGGCAGAAUAAUCCUGGUUAAAGAAGGAGGCCCCUCCCUGAGGAACCCGCCUCCUACAGCCUCCCCUCCUCCCCCCUACAUGAUAGAAAUCCUGAUACCUGGAAGCAGAAACAGACUCAGCUUGAAGAAGCUGCUGAGCUGCGAGGAGCAGAAGGAAGCAUGAAGUUCCCCAGGAGGAGAUCUGAGGACUGCGUCCCGCUGGGUUCCCCAUCCCUGCAUGCUGAGGAGCAUCGCUCAUGUUCUCUCACUUUUCUUCACGAACCAGUUGUUCAUCUGCAGGUUUAAGUUUCUGUCAGGAAAAUCCAAGGACGAGAUUUAAAACUAAAGCAACAACAAAUCAGAAAACAAACAUCUUGUUGGAGAGCAGGGCUGCAGCAGCUUCCUGCCAGAAGUUCAGAACUUCUCCCUGAAAGUCUUUCAUAU